UAUUUUUUUUUUCUUCGAAAACAUGUUGCCAAUGUGAAUGUUGUUGUUGUUGUUGUUGUCGGUUUCAUCAUUUUUAGCCAAGAAAAAAGAAAGAAGAACGCAACGAAUUUACGGUGUACCACAUAUAUUUCAUCAGCGAACAACAACAUUGCGAUAAAUAUUCACUAGCCAGCGAUAUUUGUGUAAAGAAGAAAUUUGAUUUUUCGAAACAUUCUGUGUGUUUUUCAAUUGGCUCAAGAUUUAUAUUUUAUCAUAAUCAUUAUUCAAAUGGCUUUGAAUCCAAAUUAUGAACAAAUUGGUAAAACAUUUGUUCAACAAUAUUAUGCUAUUAUGGAUGAUAAUAAUCAACGUUUAAAUGUUGCCAAUUUUUAUUCGGAAACAAACUCGUUAAUGACAUUCGAAGGUAGCCAACUGAUGGGACGUGCAAAAAUAUUGGAAAAAUUUCAAAGUUUAACAUUUCAAAAAAUUCAACAUUUAAUUACUGUGAUUGAUUCACAACCAACAUUUGAUGGUGGUGUUUUGGUUACCGUAUUGGGACAACUGAAAACUGAUGAUGAUCCACCACAUACAUUCAAUCAAACAUUUGUAUUGAAACCAAUGGCCGAUACAUUUUUUGUUGAACAUGAUAUAUUUCGUUUAGCAUUACAUGCUUAACCCUUUCUUCUCCGAUUUUUUUGAACAAACCAACCAAACUUUUUAUCCAUUUUUUUUUUAACUUCGAUCAUCUUCCUAAAUAAUAUUGUUCUUUUCUUUUUAACUUAACCUAAACAAAAAUUGUCAAAAAUGAAUAGAGAUUCUUGAGAAAUCUCUUUUUCU